AUGUGUCCAACCGCAACCGGCUCUUCCUACGGAGGAGCCCCCCCACCCCCCGCCUUGGAUCUCGGCACUCUUCCUAGGUCAGCCCCUAUCAUCAACCCCAUUAGUAAUUGGGAGACCAAACUUGUGGUCAACCUCUCUCCCGCCCACAUUGAUCCUCUCGCUUUCAACUUCCUCAAGCGAGGUCUUAACUUUGCCUUGACUCCUCGCAACAUUCCGCACAUCGACUUCCUCAUCGAGAUCGAAAAUGCGGUUCGUACCCUUCCUCUUGAUGUUGCUGAAGAGGUUAGACAAGAUUGUGCUGUUGCGCUCCGUUAUGCCAAACCUCCUAAAUUCAACAUCCCUAAAGCUGAGCUGUUGGCCUUCAAUAAUCUAAUGCACAAUAAUGACCUUAUCAUCUCAAGAGCUGACAAAGGCAAUGCCACGGUCAUUAUGAGCAAACCUGAUUACUUGGCCAAAAUGGAAAUCCUCCUCUCAGAUUCCAGUAGUUACAAAAUUUUGUCUCGUAACCCGUGCCCGAAGAUUCUGAAGGCAGUUAGAUCUGCUAUUUCUAACUCCUCUUUGGAUGAUUCUACCAAACUUCGUCUUCUUCCGUCUAAGGAAGUGACCCCUCGUAUAUAUGGGGUCCCAAAAAUUCACAAAGCCAACAUUCCUUUGAGACCCAUUGUCGAUACCAUUGGGUCUCCAACUUACAAGUUAGCCGCUUUUCUUGCCAAAUUAAUCUCUCCGCUUGUUGGUAACUCCAACUCCUUCAUCAAAGAUUCCAACCAAUUUGUCCAGUUUAUCAAGGACACUAAGUUGGACCCUCAAGACACUCUUGUGAGCUUCGAUGUGGUGUCCCUCUUCACCAAGGUCCCUAUUCUAGACGCCAUAGAGAUUGUCAAGCUUAAGGUCAAUGAGGAAAUCGCCUCUUUAGUGGAACUUUGCUUAAGGUCAACCUUCUUCGCCUUCCAAGGUGUUAUCUAUGAACAGGUUGACGGAGUAGCCAUGGGCUCCCCUCUCUCGCCGGUCAUUGCCAACAUAUUCAUGGAACAUUUUGAAGAGGUGGCCUUACAUUCUUUCCCCCUCAAGCCAAAAUGGUGGAAACGAUAUAUGGAUGACACCAAUUUCGCCUUCAAGGGAGUGGAGCAUGCUGGAAAGGGAUUUCUCAGAGGUUCUAAGGUUCAUGGCCUUAUUUUUCCCAAUGGUUUGAAGGAGUUUCUGCCAGGCGAUAAGGUUAUAAUUCCAUCUGUCAGUAGGGGAAGUAAGGUUGCGGUCUUGAAGAUUGAAGAAUCUAAUCAUCUUGAUGGUAGCAGGGACCAUUGGGUCCUUAAGAAGAUUAAUAUUAAGGAGGAAUUUGUACCCAGGUAG